UCGCAGCCGAGGAUUUCUCCGGAGAUACGCAGCCAUUUACCACACGUUUCCUCGGAGACUAUGACUCUUACUCGUUCCCUUCGUCUUCUCAUCAAGCUAGAAACAGAGUCCAUGAAUAUGUCAAGCGAUUCGCCAGGAAUUACGCUAGUCUUCACUUGCGCACUGUGUGAGAUGCCAUUAGCAUUGCUAGGGUUUGUAACGAGCUUAGCCUUUUGGGAGCUACUCAGAUUCUGCAGUGACAGAUGGGAGUUUGAUCGCCAUCCCGUGAUCCGACGGAUCUUAGUCCGUGUCGCACAAUGCGUUGUGAUAUUGCACGGCGGUUUCAGGAAUCUCAGCGUUUCUAAGAAGCCAUCUUAAGGGAAGAUAGAAAGUAACGUAAUUAGAAGACUA